AUGGGAAGUAGAGGUGGCAGGGUAGAGCUGCUGUGGUGCGCGAGAGGAAUGGACUCGCAGGUGUGGCUUGUGCACGAAGCGGGGUUGAUAAUAGCAAAUACGAGCUGGAGAGUGGGGACGUGGAGGGCGAUGUGCCACGUGGCAGAGAAGCGAGGCUCAAUGGAGGGAAAGCGGAGGAAUGGAGAUGAGGGGAAAGGGAAAAGAGGAGAUGAGGGGAAAGGGAAAAGGAGAAAGGAGGGACAUGGGAACGGAGGAGAGGAGGGGAAAGGGAAGAGUGGAAAUAAAGGAAAGGGGAAGACAGGAGAUGAAGACAGAGGGAAAAGAGGAGGGGAGGGAAAUGGGAGGAGUGGAGUUGAGGGAAAUGGGAAGAAAGGAGAUGGGGAGAAGGGGAAAAGAAGAGAUGGAAGGAAGGGACUUGGGGAGCAGGAGCAGGCAGGUGGUGGAGGCGACGGGAGGAAGGGGAGCGUGGGAGGGGUGGGUGCGGAAGGCGAGGGCGCUGAUGAGACGAGGCUGCACAGCCGGCGGAGGAAGAGGGGGAGGCCACGGAAAGUGGUCUUUGAGCGUGGUGCUGCUGUCCCGUCUGUCGGUGUUGGCAAUGAAGCGGACGGCCGGGGUGGUGGCAGCAAUGGGGGUGUGAGGGAGCAACAGCAGCAGCAGGAGAUGGGCGGUCGUGCUCCCUCACAUGGCGGUGGUGCGGAUGUGGAGGAGCUCCACCAUGCCAUCAGCACUGCACGCUCCCAACAUGAUGGUACCGCUGCCCUCAACACCAUCUCCUCCACCCACACGCCCAACUCCAACCCCAUACCCACUCCCCCCUCCUCGCCCCCUCCAUCGCUACACGUGCAGUUCCAAGACCUCUACUCCACGCACCUGGCGCACAUGGCCCCGCCCUUCGCCUCCCACCGCGCCACGAGGGACAACGCCAUGACACUGCUUGCCGUGCAACCCCCGCCUGACACCCUUGCUGCCAUCUUCCAUGCUUGUUCGUCUCUCUUCCUCGUGCCGCUCACCCACCGCAUCCGGGCCGCUCUUGAGAUAUUUUCUGCCCACGGGCUGCCCGAGUCGCUGUUUCUGAGUGUCAUCCGGCGGGUGCCUGAGCUGAUUCUAAAUGCCCAGCAGGAUGACGUCAGCAGCAGCAAAACCAGCAGCAACAAGAGCAGUGAAACCCACGAACAAGAGCAAACAAGCAAUUCUCACUCAGAGCACCAGCAGCAGCAAGACGCCCUUACCCCUCUCUCUGACUCCCACGACUCACCAAGCAGCACCCCUUCCUCUCACCUCACCCCCACCGAUCUACCCCACCUACAGCAGGUGUUGCAUUUCCUCUUCCUGCACCUGCCUCCCCCAACUGUCGCCAAGCUGCUGCACUCGGCUGCCUACCAUCCAGUAGUUCUCUCCCUUGUGCACAGACAAACACACAUCCUCCAUGCCAGUAAGGUAACCAUGCAGGAGGUGGUAACCACACUCACCACUCUCUUUGGCCCACAAGGCACCUCCUACGUGCUCUCCCGUCACCCAGCCCUGCUCACCAUGUCCCCUCGCAAAAUAGAAGAUGACAUGUUCGGGCUUAUCGACAUUUUUGGCGAGGAAGUUACCUUAGAUAUGAUACAGCGCGAGCUGGGCAUACUCCAGGUCUGGCACAGUACACUCCGGCCGAAGAUUGAUUUCGUGCUUGGGGAGAUGAUGCGCAGCAAGGAGAACAUGAGGGUGUGA